AUAGCCAGGAAUGAAAAUGGAGGGGCUGAGUUUGGCAGGAUCUCCAACAAGUGAAUGCCUGGAUUUGGGAGGAAGAAUCCCUCAGAUUCUCCAAGUUGAAACUGUAAGGGAGUUUCUGGCAGGGGCAGCUCUGCAACCCAUCAAGGAAGAACCAGCUGAAGGGUUGCAACCACACGGGAAAGUCCAGCAUCAGGAAUUCCCAAAGAUGACCCAGUUCCCACAUAUGGGAUGGUACAAUCCACAGCGGCCUCGGACCCUGUCAGAAGAGGACAGUUCCCAGAAGUUCCCAGCCUCCUUCACGGCAGCAGCUGGCAUCACCCCAUGGCCUCAAAGGGAGUGUGUGGCCCAAAUUCCACCAGAACUUAGUGAGGAGACCCGAGAGGCCUCUGACCCUACAGCUUCUUCUGUCAAAGUGAAGGAAGAGAUACUGGAGGAGUUCCUGGUCGGCUUGGAGACGUGCCAGCAGCGUUUCAGGCAGUUCUGCUACCAGGAGGCCGAGGGACCCCGAGAGGCUUUCAGCCAACUCCAGGAUCUCUGCCAUCAAUGGCUGGAGCCAGAGAGACACACCAAGGAGCAGGUCCUGGAGCUGGUGAUCCUGGAGCAGUUCUUGUUCAUCCUGCCUCAGGAAAUGCAGAGCUGGGUCAGGGAAUAUAGUCCUGAGACCAGCAGCCAGGCAGUGGCCUUGGCGGAAGAUUUCCUCCUCAGGAGAGGAGAGGCUGAAGGUGCUACGCAAAAGAGACAAGGGCCCUCAGAAUAUAUGGCUGUUAAUUCCCCCAAGUCUGAGGAUGGUCCACUCGACUCCAUAAAAAUGCGGUUCUCUGUGGAGGCCAAACAUGAGGCCCGCUUGCUGGGUGAAGAGCAAAUCCAGCAGAAUGAGGAAACAACCACAAGGCCUGAGCAAGUAGAUAUCAAUGCAGUAUCACAGGGAAGAGCAGAAGGGAUAUUUUCCCAGGAUCAUGAGGAAAAAGAGUUGCCUACAAGUCAUGAGGGACCAGAAAGUCAACAGGAAAACUAUCCAGGGGAAGCAACAGAUAUUUGUGAGGAACCCAACCUGAGCUUCCAUGGAAGCGCUUUCCAAGAUGGAAUCUGCAGGCUUGAGGGAGAAAAAUUAUCUAUCUCUGAAAUUACCUCACUGAGAAUCAGGAAACACGGUUGGCAGAGAAACUAUCAGUGCACAUACCAUGGCAAAAUCUCCAGUAGGAGACCACCCCUGCUAAGCAUCCCUGAGAAAGGUCAUGUGUCAUAUGAAUGCUCAGAGUGUGGGAAGAGCUUCAUCUGGAAGUCGCACCUUUUUAGGCACAAGCGAAGCCACUCAGGAGAGAAAGCGCACCAGUGCUCUGAGUGCGGGAAAGGCUUUAUCUUCAAAACAGACCUUUUCAGGCACAAGAGGAUCCACACAGGAGAGAAGCCCUAUGAAUGCUCGGAAUGUGGGAAAUGCUUUAGCCGCAAACCGAACCUCAUUACGCAUAAGAGAACCCACACAGGAGAGAAACCACAUCAGUGUGCUGAGUGUGGCAAAUGCUUCAGUCGUAAACCAACCCUUAUUACUCACAAGAGAACCCACAUGAGGGAGAAACCAUACGAGUGCUCAGAAUGUGGGAAAGGCUUUAUUUCUAAAAUCGACCUUUUUAGGCACAAAAGAACCCACACAGGAGAGAAACCUUAUGACUGCUCAGAGUGCGGGAAAUGUUUCAGUCGGAAAGCCAAUCUCAUUACGCACAAAAGGACCCACACAGGUGAGAAGCCAUACGAAUGCUCAGAGUGUGGGAAAAAAUUCAGCCGUAAAGGAAACCUUAUUAUCCACACGAGGACUCACACAGGAGAGAAACCGUACGAAUGCUCUGACUGUCAGAAAAGCUUCACUCAGCGAAUACAUUUCCUGAGGCAUGAAUCAAUCCAUAUGAGAGAGAGAAAUGUGGAAGGUGUGGGGAAUGCAGGGAGCGUGGCUUGGUGCUUACCAGGCGUAAUAAAAUUCACAUGUGCACAAGAGGAGCCAGAGAAAGCGUGA